UUCGCUCGUGGCGAUGUACUCUGCAAGAAUUUAAAAUAACAGACAGUUAUUCCAAUUUCUUACCGAACACUACUCAGACGACUCCAUAUUAAGAGCUCGUCGACUUUCUAUAGUUGAUGCAGGUGUAGAGGUCACUUUAGACUAGCUUUCCCGAGUACUGGACUAGCUCACGCGCCCGGACAGGAAUACAGAACCAGAGCUGACGGGCGAUCUAUUUCGGGCAGCCACUGCCACACCGUACACUCGUUUUGAUCCAAUAGUCGACACUUCUUUGUCUCGUGAAAAACACAUCGCACGUUACCUAUAUUACAGUCAUGCAUCCUUGAUUAGCACGCGACUUGUUUAUAAAAGUAUCCCAAAAUGGGAAACGCGUUCAGUACUUACUCGGCAAGGGAAGGCGCCACAGACGUAAUUAGUGAAAGUGAAACAAUGAGCGACAGUACUACCCCGUUUGAAGACGCCCAAGAGUUCCAUGACACCAUAGACGAUGACGAAGCACGUGUCAAGGCCAAAGAAGAGGAAAUGGACGAGUUUACGAAACAGUUAAGUUUGAAACGGGAACAAAGAAAGUUAAUCCUGGCGCGGCAUAGAGCAGAAAAGGAGCAGCUGGAAAAAUCUUUAGAAGAAGCCAAUAAAGCUAAAUUAGCUCUACAAGAAAAUAACAGAAUGCUGAGAGAUUUAUUAGCUACGAAUAAUAUAGAGAUUCCAGAAAAUUUGAAGGCGUCUGAUGAAAUAGCAGAACUCAGUGGAGCCAUAGCAAGCAUGGCUGAAGAAUUUGAAGCACUUAAGUCUAGCAACAACAAGCUCAGACGAACUCUUGCUGACUCGAAUGUGUCUCUUCAGCAUGCUUAUUCAGAAAUAGCUGAUCUGAAUGUUCAGAAUACGGAGUCUAUCAAGCAUAUUAAUGCUCUGAAAGAAGUGAUUACAGUCAGCAAAACUAUGAUCAAUCUCCGAGAACAGCAACUGAAUGAGUUGAAAGAUAAACUCCGUGAAAUAGAACAGAGUCUGGCAGACAGAGAAGCAAACAUGCUAUCUGCUGAUCUUAGACAAGAGUAUGAGAGGCAACUGCAGAAUAUUAGGACGCUUCGUGGAUUGUAUGAAGAACGUGCUCGAUUGGCUGAAGUCACUAGACAAGGGCUGGUGCGUGAGCUUGAGGAACAAAAGCAACUCAAACAAGCUGAGAGUGAUAAAAAUGCAGAACUUGCAAUUAAAAUAACCGAAAUCGAAACAACAGUCACGAAUCUUGAGGAUACCCUGGAAAAUAAGGUAGAACAAAUAUCUUCAUACCAAGAUGAGACUCGCAGAUUGCAGGAGGAAAUGUCUGCUGUUAACAAGCUUUUCUCACAAGUCCUUCUGGGCUAUAAAACGAAGCAAGACUUAGAUAAACUAGUCCUUCGUCUUGAAGAAAACCAUGGACUUUUAACUCACAUGGCUGAAAGAGAUAACGGCUCAGAAGGGUCCUCGGCAUUGCCUAAGCUAUUAUUAGAGAUUGUAAGUCAAGUGGAUGAAGGAGAGGAUGUACAACAAUUUAAAGAGAGUGCAAAUAGUAGCUCUAACGAAGAAGCAAAGGAAGACGUCAUGACUGAAGAGUCAGAAUCACAGAAUCCUAAUACAUCAGCUGAAGAAAUAGUUCAGAAUUUACCCAAAGUAUGGAGAGUUCUCAUGGAGCUUCUAAGUCAUCAAAGUGAAGCCGAAUCUGGCACUUCCGAGAAAGUUGAGACUUGCUAUAAAACAGUUGAAACUAAAGCAGGCGCAGUGUUAGUGCCAAGUGUUAGUCAGACGUACAUCCGAUUAAAGGAUUUAAUCGUCGAAAAAUUGGCACUCAUCAAAGAAGUGAACCGCAUGAAACUACUAAAUGGACAUUUAGAGACUCGCUUAGAAGAGCAAGAGCGUAGAUUGUCUCUCGUCACAACUGAACUUAGCAAAACCUGGCACGUUGUUGGAAAACUACGUAGACAUCAUCAUCAAUUGCAUACUCACGAGAAAAUACUUAAAUAUGAAUUGCAACAGAAAAGGAAACUACUCAAUGAACUUAAAGAUGAAUUAGAAUACUGCAGAGAAAAAUGGGAACAGGCGCGUGAAAAGAACACUCAAUCGGAGCGUGAUUGGAGAAAACUUAGAGCUGAAUUUACUAGCAGGAAAACCAAAUCUAACUCGCCAUUAUUCAAUAACUCGGGCGAAAGUGGUUACAGUGAUGAAAGACCAUCCGACGAUUCUUCAGAAUCCAACGACGAAAGCGAGUAUGUAACGGAACCAUUGGUGAGGUGUAAGAAGAAGAAUAAGAAGUCAGCUGAAGCCAUCUUAGAUUCUAGUGCUGACUUUAAUUUAGUGGCAGAAAGAGAAGAUCCCGCUAGUGAUAUGCUAGAUGUUGCUGAACUACCUUUAGAUACGCAGGAUGAUACAUCUGGUCUAGACGUAUCUAUAUCAGUUUCGAAUAACAGUGAAAACCGAUCAAAUAAUAAAGCAGCUGAUGAAACUGAAGACGAAGUUGGAGAGAUAACAAAUGACUCAUGCAACGAUGACUCUUCGGGAAUUGAACAUUACUGUAAUAGUGAUUAUUGUUGUGUAGGUACAAGCACCGAACAAGAUGCACCUAGUAACGAUAAACCGUCUAACAUCCCAAAACUUGAUAUAAAAACGACAUCUACUAUAAAUAUACCUUUAAUUGACCCCGCUGCUAUUCUUAAAAGUAUAAAAGAACAAACAGAAAGACUGGCAAAGAGAGAAGACAGAUUAAAUAAUUUAGAAAAAAAUAGUCUAUCGUUAUUAAAGAAAACACAGGCAACUGAUAAGUUUUCUAAACAAAUAGACAGUACAUUAGACCAUCUCUUAAAUCGUCCUUCGACCAGCCAAAACAUUGAGGUCAAAGAAUUAGACAUCAUAAAAGAGGAAAAGGCUGCAAGUACAGAAAUAGAAAAUGUAAAUUGUAAGAUAACACAACAAAACGACGAUAAUGAAAUUGAUAAAAAUCAACAAUCAAAUUUGAGUAGUGAAGCGGCAAAAAGUGAAAAUAAUCAAAUUACUAUCCUCGAAAGUAUACGCCAGCAAGACGAAAGACUAACAAGGAGAGAUGAAAGACUUCAAAAACUAGAAGAGGGCUGUUCAGAAGUACUAAAUAACAUAUCUAAUACAAUCAAAAGUGGUGAAGACAUCAGCACAAAGUUAGAUCAAAUUCAUGACGUGCAUCAAAAUAAAACUAAUCAGGAAGCUGGCACAUCUGAGGAUAAAAGUGUACCUGAACCAUCUACGUCAUCAGAAAUCGACCAUGAAGCCAGAUUUGCCGCUCGCGAUCUACGGCUUAAAAGACUCGAAGAACAAACUAAGUCACUCGUAAACAAAGUAAAUAGAACUACUUCUAAAGGCGUGAAGAUACAUUAUAAAUUAGAAGAAUUGCAUAAUAUAUACGGUUCUGAAAGUUCAAGAGCAGGAACUCCAUCAUCUGAUGAUACUGAGGACAAACCAACGAAUAAUGGAGAUAAAUCAACUAAUGAUGACGAAAACACAGAACAAUAAAAGCUUUAGUUACCUAUUUUGGCUAUUUUAGGUUUUUAAAUUAAAUGUGAAUGUUUAGUAUUUGGGUGCUAUAAUAUGAACUGUCAUAACCAGAGACAAGCUUCAUACAAUUCGUCAGUAAUGUUCAAGUUACAAUCGGCCAGUGAUCGAUUUUUUUCACAGCAUUCAUGAAAAGCUAUUUAAUAAAUGUUUUAAAUGUAACAAAUAUAAAAACAAACAAAAAGUUUAUCAAUGACUAGGUAAUCUAUGUUAGUACGUAUGUAUAUGCGAGUUGACCUGUAAAAUUAUUGAGAGGAAUAAAAAUGUCUGUU